AUGCGAUCUCUUGUACAAUUUUCGCGUAUUCUUUCUGCUCGAAACACACCUUUGCCUUAUGGUUUGGGAAGAAGGGGUAUACCGAGUCUUAUCAUAAGGCAACAACAAGUUGCUGCAUAUAGCACACGAAAACCACCACUUAGCAUUUCUAAGGAAGGCUGGGUAGAGCCCGAUCCACAGUUCGGUGACUACCCUAAUUUACCAUGGCAAUAUGCUCAACUGAAAGAUCCUCGCCUUGGGUGGUGGGAUAAACAAGAGAGACGUAAUUUCGGUGAUCCGGUUCAUAAAGACUUUGAAGCCCAGGAUAUCUUUGCACCGGAUAUCUACCCGAUAACCCUAUCUUUUGUCUUUAAAGGACUUGCGGUUGCUACUGGAGUGAUUUGCGCAAUUUCGUUCAUUGCGACUAUGACAUUUGAUCCUACACCAGAUGCUAUACCACGAUCGUUUAUAAGGGAUGGAUUUCCACCCCAAUUUGAUUGGAGUAAGAAGGAUAUCGAAGGAAACCCUGUGGAACUGCCAAGUAAUAAUAAAAAAUCGAUUUAA